GCGUGAGUGAGCUCGAGCGCAGCGGUGGUGGCGCGAGUAGUGUAAUAAGGCUUCUCGUCCUGUGCUGUAGGGGAGCGCGACACAGGCUUUUUUUUUAUUCGCACUUCUCUGACAAAGGUAGAACCAAGUUUUUUUUCCCUCUUCCACAGGGGAGACUUCCGAGUUAUUUUGGAAUACAUUUCUGUGGAGUUCGACGUAGUCCGCCAUCGAAAAAACAAAAAAAUCAUGUCGGCAUCAGCGGCGAAAGUCAGUAGAAAGGAGCAGAACUCAAAUCAUGACGGAGCGGACGAGACCUCGGAAAAAGAACAGCAGGAAGCUAUUGAACACAUCGAUGAAGUACAGAACGAAAUUGACAGAUUGAAUGAACAAGCAAGUGAGGAAAUUUUAAAAGUAGAGCAGAAAUACAACAAGCUACGUCAGCCAUUCUUCCAGAAGCGAUCAGAACUCAUAGCCAAAAUUCCGAACUUCUGGGUCACAACAUUCGUCAACCAUCCACAAGUGUCGGCCUUGCUUGGUGAGGAGGAUGAGGAAGCACUUCAUUACCUGACCAGGGUGGAGGUCACAGAGUUUGAGGACAUUAAGUCAGGUUACAGAAUAGAUUUUUACUUUGAUGAAAAUCCAUACUUUGAAAACAAAGUCCUCUCAAAAGAAUUUCAUUUAAAUGAGAGUGGUGACCCUUCCUCAAAAUCUACUGAAAUUAAAUGGAAGGCCGGAAAGGUUGGUAUUUGUGAUCUGACAAAGCGUGCUGGGCAGACUCAGAACAAGGCAGGAAAAAAGAGGCAACAUGAGGAGCCAGAGAGUUUCUUCACCUGGUUCACCGACCACUCUGACGCAGGGGCUGAUGAACUUGGUGAAGUCAUCAAGGAUGACAUCUGGCCAAAUCCUCUUCAGUACUACCUGGUCCCGGACAUGGAUGACGAGGAAGGAGAGGGUGAAGAUGAGGAUGAGGAGGAAGAGGAGGAAGGAUUGGAAGACAUUGAUGAGGAGGGGGAUGAAGAGGAAGGUGAGGAAGAUGAAGAGGAAGAUGAGGGAGAGGAUGGGGAGGAUGAUGGGGAGGAGGACUAAAAUCUAAUAAGGACAUAUUCCUACAACCUCCAUACCCGUUCUUUCCUUUUGAAGUCAUCCUCCAACCCGAGGGAGCAAAAAGCUUUGUUUUUGUUUUUUAUUUUUGUGCUCCGUCUUCUGUUCUACUGAAGCCUCUCCUGUCCUUACCAUGUCUAAUACGAGUUAAUUCCCUGGAUAUACCUGCAUUGGAAAACUAGUGGCAUCUCGUUGCUGAAGCCUCUUGCGUCAUCAACUAUUACACCAUCUCCAAAGACAAAUACAAGUUAUUAACAACCUGCACGUCAUCCUCUGUAGACUAAACUGAAGUAAAUAGCAAUUUAUAUAAAAGUAUAUAAAUACUUUUUUUUCUUUUUUUUUUUUCUUUUUUUUUUUCCUGUGAAUGGUUGUGAAUUGAAAUAAUAAGCCCUGGUGCAGUGAUGACCUAAUCAUAGCAUACAUACCUAGCCACUUUUCCUCUUUUUCUUCAUGCGUAUUUUCUUUAAUGCAGGGGUGGGCCCCAAAGAGUUGACACUGUUUUUCCUAUGUGAUUUAUUGGACAAAUGGAAAGCACCAGCUUGUUCUUGUCACCUCUUGUAAAUGUUUGGGGUCAAUAUCAGGGUAUGACCGUUAUUAUUGUAGGCAGUUAAAUGGGGUUGGGUGGGGCAAGUGGGUAUUUGACACAUCAACAUUUGGGUUUAUGUUGAUUGAAUUUUCAUUGUAAUGUUUUACAGACACCCAUGAGGUUUGAAAUUACAUUUUUAAUAAAAAUAAAACAUAAAAAAACUUCCUCUUGUAAUUUUGAGCUUGGCUAAUUAAGGAAUUAUUUAAAUGAGAGAAAAUAAAAUGUAGAAUCUUACAAGUAAUGUACAUUUGGGUCUUUUUAUCCACCUUUUCUUCAAUUCCAAAGUUUUUGGAAACGUUAAGGUGUGUGUUUCCUAAAAUAAAAGUAAACUAUUGCUGACCAAACAGUAGUGUAUAA